CGGACUGCUCCACUCCGCACGCUGUAAGCUCCGCCCGCCCCGUGCGUCUCCCUCAGCCCUCAUUCAAAACAGAACACAGCUGUUGCGAGGCGCAUCGUCGUGUGUGUGUGUGUAUAUAUGCGUGUAUAUUUAUAUAUAUAAGUGUGUGUGUGUGUGGGGACGUUUUAGCCUUAAAAAAAAAACAAAAACUGUUAGCCUGCUGUCUUCUUGUUGGCCUCUGAUGUGCAGCACUGGAAUAUCAGAGGGACGAAGGAAGAAAACGGCACACUUGGACGGCAGGAUCCAGCCUCAGAGAACGACAGGACUCGAGAGACAAAGACGGCAAUACAGAUCAACAGGCUAACCUCACGUCCAACACUAUGCGCAUCUGACACGACUGAGGGCCGGUCCGGCUUUGCUGCAGCUGAGGAUGAUGAAUGGUCUCCUGCGCUAAAACUAGAUGGUGUGGGAAUGAUGGACCUCCCUAAUGGUCAAUCAGGCAUCACCACCACCGCUGCAACAGUCUCUGAGAAGAGCAGCAGCUCAGAAUCUCUCAGCGAUAAGGGUUCUUCAGACCUGAAGAAGAGUUUCGAUGCUGUUGUGUUUGAUGUGCUGAAGGUCACCCCUGAAGAAUAUGCAGGCCAAAUCACGCUCAUGGAUGCUCCUGUGUUCAAAGCCAUCCAGCCAGAGGAGCUGUCAAGCUGCGGCUGGAACAAGAAGGAGAAGCACAGCUCCGCUCCAAAUGUUGUGGCCUUCACUCGCAGGUUCAACCAGACGAGUUUCUGGGUUGUACGAGAGAUCCUCCAUGCACAAACGUUGAAGAUCAGAGCCGAGGUGCUGAGUCUGUACAUUCGCACUGCCAAGAAACUGUGUGACAUGAACAACCUCCAUGCGGUCAUGGCUGUGGUGUCAGCGUUACAAAGUGCUCCCAUAUUCAGACUUACCAAAACAUGGGCGUUACUGAGUCGAAAGGACAAGGCGACGUUCGACCGGCUCGACUACCUGAUGUCCAAAGAAGACAACUACAAACGUCUGAGAGACUUCAUAAGCAGCCAGAGCAUGGUCUCCUGUAUACCAUACCUAGGGAUGUACCUGUCUGAUCUGACCUAUAUAGACUCCGCCUACCCCUCCACGGGCAGCAUACUGGAGAACGAACAGAGGUCGAACCUGAUGAACAACAUUCUCAGAAUCAUAUCGGACCUGCAGAGAUCCUGCACCUAUGAUAUACCAGUGUUGCCUCACAUACAGAAGUAUCUCAACUCAGUCAGGUAUAUCGAGGAGCUGCAGAAGUUUGUGGAGGACGACAAUUACAAGUUGUCACAGAAGAUUGAGCCAGGCACCAGCACACCACGGGCAAACGCCUCUAAAGAGGAUCUCGUAGGCCAAGAAGCAUCUGCAUCGCCACUCUGUGGCCGUAAAUGUACGAUAGCAGCUGAAGGAACCAAAGUCCCGGCCACGCCGCCCUCCCCCAGGAACCUGCUGCCCUACGGACACAGGAAGUGCCACAGCCUGGGCUACAAUUUCAUCCAUAAGAUGAAUACCGUGGAGUUUAAAAGUGCUACGUUCCCCAACGCCGGUUCUCGCCAUCUGUUGGACGACAGCGUGAUGGAGAGCCACAGUCCAACCCGGGGCCAAGCAGAGAGCUCAACUCUGUCCAGCGGUAUUUCACUUGGGAGCAGCGAGGGCUCCGAGCUCAGCGAAGAGGUGUCUUGGCCAGCUUUUGAGAGGACUCGGUUCUAUCACUCUCUGGGCCCAGUGACCCGUGUGGCCCGCAUCCCCUACAGAGGAGUCCUGAGGCCCAGCAGCUCGGCGGAGUCGGAGGAGCUCGCCGUUCACUUGUAUCCCGGCGCGGUCACAGUGCAGGGGGUGUUGAGACGGAAGACUGUGCUCAAGGAGGGCAAGAAACCAACAGUGGCAUCGUGGACCAAAUACUGGGUCGCUCUUUGCGGAGUCCAGCUCUACUACUACCCUGCCAAGUCCCUGAAGGCCACUGAGAGAAAACACUUCAAGUCGACGUCCAGUAAAUCCGUAUGCGUGGUGGGUCUAAUGGCCAUGAUGGCCGACGACCCCGAGCAUCCCGACGUCUUCUUGCUGACAGACUCCGAGCACGGUAACACCUACAAGUACCAGGCAGGGAACAGAAUGAACGCUUUGCUCUGGUUCAAACAUCUGAGCGCUGCCUGUCAGAGCAAUAGGCAACAGGUGCCAGCCAAUCUGAUGUCAUUCGAGUGAGCGACGCUGAGGAGUGUGACUGAGCAAAGGAGAGAGGGACAAGGAAGCAGACAGAGGAGGAUGAGGAGGAGGAGGAGGAUGAGGAGGAUGAGGAGGAUGAGGAGUAUUGACUCAGUAGUGGGAGCUUUCACUGCCAUGAGCCCUGAACGCAGAUUCUCCGAUUCUAGCCCCGGCCUCACUGCAGCCUCACCUGCCACCACUGCCUUAACCAGAGUACCCUGUGUGUGUGUGUGUGUGUGUGUGUGUGUGUGCGCGUGUGCGUGUGCGUGUGCGUGUGCGUGUGCGUGUGUGGAUGAAAGUGUUUUUGGAUGUGCUGACUACUGAACAAGGACCUGCACCACUGCUCUCGUCUCCCAUUUGCUCAGUGUCUUUUUGUUUUUACUGUUCAGCACUUCAGCGGAGCCAUUCGACUUCUCCUCUCCUCUCUCUCGCAAGCAGACUGUCCUCUCUGGAGCGGACAGACGAUCCUCUGCUCUGUUUUUUCUUUUUCUUUUUCUUUUUUUUUAAAGGGGUUUACUAUUUUUAUUUGUGUCCCCGCCAACGCUCGUAUGCAAGAUUUCUCCUGCCUUUUUCAAUCGGCCGGACACACAAUCACAACACGCACACUCACAUCGGACUAACCCAUCGGACUUUGGAGGGUUUGAAAACACUUUUUCUUUUUUUUUUUACUUAAUCGGUUCACAUUCAAUUGUUGAACUCUUGAUUCACUUUAGUUGGCUUGGAGUCACACGAUUAUUUACAUGAACUACGUACUCACUCUUUCUCUCACACACACACACACACGCCUAUUUGAUCGCAUCAUAAACGUAAAGGGCUCUGAUUCGCAAGUGAUUCCAGCAGAGACAAUUCCCACACUUCCUGAAUGUGUCCAGUUUUUAUUACAGAACUUAGCCUCCCCUACACACACACACACACACACACACACAUACACUUUUUUUUGUCAUAUACUCUGCUGUGUGUUCUGUACGACGUACGUGUGUGUGUGUGUUUGAAUCACUGCACAGGCUGAGGAGGGGUGAGGGUGGGAGGGCAAAUAUUUGCUUAAAUGACAGGAAUCUUGUCUGUGUUCAACAUAGGUACGAUAAUCCCAGAAUCUAAGCUAAGACGUGUUCGGGGUCGGGUAGAAGACAAUUAAUCUUUUUUUUUUUUUUUUACAAAUCUGUAUCUUUGUGUUUCUCCAGUGUUGUCUGCUCUUUGCUCAAACAAACAACAAAAAAAAAAGAAAAAGAAAGAAAGCGGCGCUCGGUUCACCAGACUCACACACAUACUAAACACUAAAGACUUUAAGCUGUGAAAGAGUCCAACAGAGACAGAGACAGAGAGAGAGAGCAACGAGAACUCAUCACACAUGAUUUUAUCUCCUCUUCUUGUUGCUUAAUAUGGUUAGAGCCUCUGGUCUGGAGCAGACAUUCAAAGCUACCUGGAGCCAUACAGAGUCUAUUUUAAAUCUUGUUUGUUUAUAUUAUUUUGUGUUAGUUUUUGUUUCAUUUCUUUCGGGAGGGAUGGUGCAGUUCACAGUAUUACCAUGUAGUAGUUUCGUCUGUUACAUUUGAAUGUUACAUUUUGUGUUUUUUUUGAGCAGUUACUUUGAAUAUUUUAUGUACAUGUGAAUUUUCUUUUCUCUUUUUUUUGUGUGUGUGUGUGCCCCUUCUAUUCUAUUAACCAGGACCCAGCUCAAUUUUAGACCCUAACCAUAUUACAUCUGAUUAGGAAUAGCUUAAGCACCUUGGUUAUGAUUAGUGCCAAGUGAUGUAACGUCACUGUUUUUUUUCUUCAGGUUGACAAAACGUUAGGACGGGACAGAGCUGCAGUGGGUAGUGGUGUGUGAACAGUGAGGAGGAAAGGGGAGGGAGGGAAACAAAACCUGGGAUUUGACCACUGUGCAUCACAGAUGUUUCCUGGUGCCACAAAUGGACAACUGCUGUUUGUUUUCAUUGGGAGCAAAUUGCAUCCAAAUGCAGCAAACAAGAUGAGGAUCAUGGAGCUGACAAUGAUGGAGGGGAACUCAGUAACGUUCAUCAGAUUCUACUAUCCUUUUUAAAAAACAUUUGUUUACACUGUAUGUUUACACAAUCAUUUGCCCAAAAUCACAAUCCCUUUAAUGCUCCACAUGUACUUUAUGAACUUUAAGACAUGUAUUACAGUAUGUAGAAGCAAAUGUCCCGCUUAUCAAUGGGGUAUUUUAAGCUCAGCGUUAGUUACAGGUUGUUGAAAAAGGGAGGCGAUGGGACACUCACCCGAUCCCCUCUGGUGUGCUUCAGUCAACCCUUCUUCUUCUUCAGGCUAAUAUCCAGGCCCACUUAUGCAUUUAAACUGUCUUCAGCACAAUAGUCAAGAAUUCAAACUGAGGCAAAGACAAUUUAGUGCCCAUAAAGAGAUGUCCAAUCCUUUUUUUUUUUGUAUUGUAUAUUAACUGAAGGAGAGAUGGUCGUAGGUGAACCUGUGGAAGAAUGAAUGAGGACGCCAAAGACAGGCACACGAAACACGGCAGUUAGUAUGUGCCUAUGCACACUUCUCUAUUUUUUAUAAAAACAUUGUAAUUCAAGCAGUCCGUCGAGGCUGACGUGUGCGUAAUCCUUCUGUGUGACAGACCCCCCCCUCGGCUGAUGCCACGACUCGUGUCGUACAGGAAGUAGAUAGUGGGUACUGUACUCACCUGUGUCUACCUGUGUUUUGUUUUGCUGCAUAAUUGAGCAGAGACUUUGAAUGGACAAAAUCCCAGAGCUGAAGCACUAUAGAAGGCUGAUCACUGCUGGUAUUUUAAUUGGAUUGGUUGGCCAAGAGCGGCUGUGAAUGAAAGAAAUAAAACAGGUUGGACAGAGUUUUGGGCGGUUUUGGAGCGGAGGCAAAUUGUUGCAGUGAAGCAAGAACUGAUGUGAACUCUGAGGGGGGAAAAAAGGAGUGUAAACAGAAGUAGCUGAGAUGUAAACACACACACAAUGUAGACAGUCAACAUCCCCAUCACAUUUCCCCUUCUUUCAUGUUAAUCGAGAACGAUGAAAGACAGACUGUUACAAGUUUUAAACCUAACCCGACUUGUCGUGGGAGGUUUAUUUGAAUCAGUUUAGGCGUAACAAUCUUCCCCUGGUGUACAAACCCAGAUAAUGUCGAGCGCUUUUUGUGAGGUUUUCCUCACUGUAACCUGAGUUUACAUGUUUUUUCUUUUUUUAUUAUUAUUAUUAUUAUUUCUGUACAGCGUAUGGUCAAAAUAACAGAAACACGUGUUUCAAUUUCGGGAUGUUUUGUGGUUUUUAGUCGACUCAUUUCUUGGAUUUCAAGGCCAAUCACUACUACAACAUAAUGACCCUGUGAUCAUCUUGUUAUGGGAUCAGUGUGGAGAAAAUUUAAAAAAUGUCUGGCGCUCCUCAUUUAAGAUAAUUUCUGGUUAUUACAAAGAAACUUGAUAACAUGCUUGAAAAUUCCCCUUUUUAAGUGGUGAACGUUCAUGUUGUUUCCUUUUACAUUGACCAUACUUUCUACAAAUGCACAAUUUGCCCUGUAUUAACUGUGUUUGAGUGAAUCUGCUUCCUGAAUUCAUUCUUUUAUUAACAGUCAUGAACAGUUGAGAUGAAGGGUUCAGCCAGACGAAGUGUUCGGCGUGGUUAUACGACGUGUUAAUCCUCUGACGAGGAGGAGAAUCAAUGUGAAUCUGUGCCUCCCGUGCACCGGACAGGCAUCAUUCACUGUUUACCAAGGACAAGCAACAGCAAACCUUCGUUCAAGUCUCUGAAGGUGACGAGGGUGAUGUGUAGUUGACCUUUGACCCUCACCCUUUUACCUGGCUCUGUGUGCAUCUGUCUCUGUCUGCCUGUGUCAUGACUGUGGCGAGCGCUGUGACCUCGCCGCCGAGUGAUGCGCUCGCCUGGUGUGAAGACUGAGAACCAAUAAACACUCUGCCCUUUUUUUACUCCACA